CCAUCGACUGUUGUAAUAGAAGGAGAACUGUAUUAUAAUCUUGUCGUUUUAAUUCCAAUUUCAUCACAUCAAGAUGGGCAGCAAGAAGAGAAAGAACGAUGAUGGCAAGGCAGUUGAUGUCUCGUCUUCUACGAAAUUGAUUCCCCCAUCCUCCUCCACACCAAAACUAGAUACAUCCAACUGGCCUCUCUUACUCAAGAAUUAUCAUCAACUACACGUGCGCACCUCACACUACACUCCUCUCCCGUGCGGGUCGAGCCCGCUGGCACGUCCUCUGGACCAACAUCUUAGUUAUGGUGUCAUCAACCUUGACAAGCCUGCGAAUCCCUCGUCUCACGAAGUUGUCAGCUGGAUCAAAAAGAUUCUCCGAGUUGAGAAAACGGGCCAUUCCGGAACCCUCGAUCCUAAGGUUACCGGAUGUCUGAUCGUCUGCAUCGAUCGGGCCACCCGAUUGGUCAAGUCGCAGCAAUCUGCGGGUAAAGAAUACGUCGCCGUUGCUCGAUUGCACUCGGCUUGCGACGUGGCCAAGGUCCAGAGGUCCGUUGAAACGUUGACGGGUGCUCUCUUCCAGAGACCUCCACUUAUUUCCGCUGUCAAGAGACAACUCCGAAUCCGAACCAUUUACGAAUCGAAAUUGAUUCAGUACGAUGAGGAUCGCAACUUGGGUGUCUUGUGGGUGUCUUGUGAAGCAGGAACAUACAUUCGUACACUUUGCGUUCACUUAGGAUUGUUGACGGGAGCUGGGGGACACAUGCAGGAGUUGAGAAGAGUGAGGUCAGGUGCCCUUUCCGAAAACGAUAACUUGGUGACAAUGCACGACGUUCUCGAUGCGCAGUACGUGUACGAUACUACCAAGGAUGAAUCCUAUUUGAGACGAGUUGUCAUGCCGCUAGAAGUUUUGCUAACAAAGUACAAGCGAAUUGUCGUGAAGGAUUCGGCCGUCAACGCAAUUUGCUACGGUGCCAAGUUCAUGAUCCCAGGGUUGCUAAGAUUUGCGGACGGAAUUGAAUUGAACGACGAAGUAGUCUUGAUGACCACCAAGGGUGAAGCGAUUGCCGUAGCCAUUGCACAAAUGACUACUUCGGUUAUGGCCACCGUUGAUCACGGGGUGGUUGCGAAGAUCAAGCGUGUUAUUAUGGAAAGAGAUGGUACGUGCAAACCUCAUUCUCUGGGCCGCUCAAGCACCUGCACAAGAUAAGAUAGACGGUGUCUCGAGAACCUCAACAAGGGUCUGCCUUAUCUUGUCUCACCAAAAACAUGUUCAUGAUGCCUUCUUGUUCUUCACUCAUUUCUCUCACUAUCUACACUGACAUGCAUGCAACCAAUAAACAAAACGUAGUCUAUCCUCGUCGAUGGGGAUUGGGACCCAUGGCUCAACGAAAGAAGUCAAUGAUCAAGGAAGGAAAGCUUGACAAACACGGAAAACCCAACGACAGGACUCCAUCAGACUUUUUGACUUCCUACAAGGACUACAGCAAAUCCAAACCGCCACAACUCUCUGGCGAAGGAUCGACUCCUGCAGCUGCGGGGGUACCAUCGUCCCCUAGUGGCGAUGUUUCCAUGGAUGGCGGUGCUGGUAAGCGGGCCAAGGAAAGUGAUGGCAAUAGCUCAGAUGAACAGCCAGCCAAGAAGAAAGAGAAGAAGGAAAAGAAAGAGAAGAAAGAAAAGAAAAAGAAAAAAAAGAAGGAGUAAGAAUGAAAAGUAGCACGGCAAACUUGGGCUACACAGUUUCCUAUACGUCGAAUGGAUAAUUCAAAACGAGCAAAAACUUUAUCUCGCUCUCAAAUGAUGCAAAAGUCGGCGUCAAAUAAAUCAUAACUUCCCAUUGGGAGUGAUAAUAUCAUACCUACCUAAUAUAUAUCAUCUUAUUGA